AUGUCGACAAUAUCCCCCUCCCAGUCCCGUGAGGAGUCCCUGGACACCUUAACAGCCACGGUGAACCAGAUGCUAAUCGAAACUGCCCGCUUCUUCCGCGCAUCCGGCUCCACACGCGCCCGCGUGUACCUGAAACAUAACCUCCCGGUAACCUACGACCAGUUCCAGAAGGCAUUGGAUAAUCUGUCUGAACAGAUUUUCAUCGCCAAAGCCUUCCUGGAACGGGACUACGAUGCAGCUGUGCAGCGGAAGGAAGCGGCCCGGAGUUCGAAGAAUGCUAUUUCUGGAGAGGAUGGGGCAAAGGAUGGGGCGGUGAAGAAUAGCAAUGGCCGCGGUAAUGGGCAAGGAGCAACGGAGGCUGUGGGCUCGUCUCAGGCACAUGCAGGGCCAUCUGGACAGUUUACUACGGAUACACAACAACAACAACAACUCCAACAACCAUUGUCGAACGGAUCGAAUACGGGGAAUGAUAAUCUAUCACUAGAUGCAUCUGCGCCUGCAUCUACGCCGACGCAAGCUGCGCAUACUGUUAAUUUCGACUCCCUGUUUCCCGCUUCGGACUCUAAUAAUAACAACGCCAAUGAUGAUGAUGACGAUAAUCUUAAUAACAAUAAUAACAUCACCUCUACUUCGACUGCGAAUCCCAACGCCAACGCCUUCGACAUCUCCCAUACUGCCCCUGAUACCAUCAAUACAAAUACAAAUACAAAUACGACAGGCAGGGACAUAAACACACUCACCUCCCUUCUGCCCGGACUGGAAAGCUACGCCAGUGCCGCGGGCGAUGAGUUUGGGUUUGAGAUGGGCGGGGUCCAGAAUGAGGGGGAUGGUAGCAGUGGGAAUGGUGCUGGUGGGAAUGCGGAUGGGAACGGUAGCGCGAACGCUAACGCUAAUGCCAAUGCCAACGCCAAUGCUAACGCUAAAGUAUCUGGACCUGGCACUGAGACAGCGAAUGUGAGGAUGGGAAUGGGAAUGAAUGCGGGUAUGAAUAUGGAUAUGGAUAUGGGUAUGAAUAUGAUGAAUAUGGGGGUGGGGAUGAAUGGUGGGAAUUUGCAUAUGGAUGAGCAGCAUCAGCAAGGGAUGGGGAUGGGAAUGGGCAUGGGAAUGGGGAUGGGCAUGGGCAUGGGGGAGUCGAGUUUUGAGGAUUUAUUUGUUGGGGCUGGCGCUGAUGGAGGUGGUGGGGUGGGCGAGGGUCAUGGGCAUGGUGGGCAUGGGGAGCAUGGGGAGGAUUUGUUGGGGGAUAUGGAGAUUGGGGAGUUGGAUGAUUCGUGGUUUAAGUGA